AUGAGGUACAUCGAAUCCGAUAGUAACCAAAGCAUGAGGGGAUCGAAAUUGGAAGAAGCCAUCUUGUGCGAUAAGGAAAAGGGACUGGUGCCGUUCUGGGUGUGCGCAACUUUGGGCACCACUGGAUCGGUAGCGUUUGACAAUCUUCGUGAAGUGGGUGAGGUGUGUGCGCGCCACGCUGCUUGGUUGCAUGUAGACGCUGCUUACGCGGGCAGUGCAUUUUUGUGCCCCGAGUACAGGUACCUCGGAACUGAAAACGCUAACACUAAGCGUUAUGGAACAAAGAUCAACCAGCAAAAGACUAAUUAUGCAAACACUAACGGAAGACUCAGCAACGAAGUUUUGAGUAACGGAAAAUUGAAUAACGGAAAAAUGAACGUAGAUGACGAUUCCGUCGAUGACUUGUAUGGUGAUAGUAAAGAAGACAGUAUUCUUCACGGCUACGAUAAAAUGAGUCACGGUUGUGGUAAAACGAUACAGCUCGAGAAUCCUGAUAAAAAAGAACCUCUUCACUGGCAAAUUCCUUUGAGUCGUCGUUUUCGCGCACUGAAACUUUGGUUCGUGUUGAGAAACUACGGUGUGGUUGGCCUGCAGAAGCACAUACGCGAGAGUAUUCGUUUAGCUCAAAAGUUUGAAGCCCUUGUUUUGGCCGACCAGAGAUUCGAAAUUCCUCAACCGAGGAAUUUGGGUAUGGUCGCAUUUCGCAUGAAAGGUGACAAUGCAUUGACAGAACGCUUGCUCAAGCGUUUAAAUGCUAGAGGUUUUAUCCACGCUGUGCCAGCUUGCUUUAAAGGGGUGUACGUCAUCAGGUUUGCUGUAACUUCGCAAAGGACAACUAACCAGGAUAUAAUAGAGGAUUGGAACGAAAUUAAAUUCGUUACGUCUGAAAUACUAAUGGAGGUAUUCGGAUCUGAAAAUGGUAAUAUCGUUGUACCUAAGAAACCCAGAAUCUCAUUGAAAGAGACUCGUGAACUGAAUGCGACCUUUGGUACAAGUCUUCUCCUAGCAAACAGUCCUAUGAGUCCCAAAAUAGUUAAUGGCACUCACGCAGCUAUAUGUGACUAUGAGCAGGUCCUGACGUCCUGUGCGCAGACAUUUGCUCAGUUGAAGAUGGAGCCUAAAGACAGCCCUGGUAAAAUUGAAUUCUACAUCUAAAGAAUAUAAUCUAAAACAAAAGACUACUCGCAAAAUCCAUCUAAUAUUUCCAUUUUAAUGUAACCUAAAAGGGGUCUGUUAAGGAACCCGAAAUAGAAUUUGUGACUUGAUCCAAUGUAAAUAACCUUCUAAGUAAUUUUAAGGGCACGAUAUCUUUAAUUAACUACCACAUUCAUCGUCAUUUUUAAAUAAUUUUCGUAAAGCUUCUGAUACUUAUAACAUACACUCAUGAUUUUCGUUCUAACAAGUCUGGUGGUGGUAUUUAGCUUUAUGUAUUUAUUAUGGUCGACUAACAGAAAUGCGUCGACGAAUCCGCGGAAUAAAGAUGUGGGGAAAGAAAUUUUCCUUAGACUCUUGCAUGGACAUGGUGCAGGGUAUGAUGGUAGAACAAUCGUUGCCUCUAUGCAGCGAGGAUGAAAGGGAAGACAUCUCCAAUGGUAGGUUGCUUGGGCUUCUAAUUUUGUAUUACUUUGUGUUCAAUAUUUAUUUCCUGUGAUCGGGGUAAGCAAAGGUAUUUUCAUUUGCGAUAUUUUGUUGGAAUAACUGAAUAUAAAUAUAAAAAAUAUAGAAGCAAAGAAAGUAUAUUAUAAAACUCUGAAUUGAUCCAUCUACUCGUUCCGAUCACAGCUUAAUUGAUUUAUCAUCUCAUGAUUAAAGAUCUCUUUCUAGUUUUAAUAGCAUUAUGUUCGUUAAUUUUGUUAAGUGUGUAACUAAUUACACAUUUUUUUACUAAUAAAAAAGAGUAUUUUUUAUGCCAUUUCGUUGUGGUCAAAAAUUUUGCUGAUUCCGAGAUAUAAAUGUGUAUAUAACUCAAUAUUGCAAAAAAAUGCUCUGUCCAACGUUAAAGUGAUUCUUGUCUACUUUCUUCGUAUUAUAUCAAAUAGGUUGAGCUAUAUAAAAAUAUAAAAAAUCCACUUGAUUUCAAAUUUAUGCAUUAAAUGUUAUUAGAGUCUAAAAUCAUUGCGGAAAUUUCCCAUAUUAAGUUAACCUAACGUGCUCUUAUAUAUAAGUAUAUGAUUUUACAUGUUGAUUGAUCAUUCUCAUCAUUCAGUUAUCAUUUUAACACUUUUUAAUUGUAUCGGCUCACAAAACUUGUACUAUAGUUUCAUAACUUAUGAAAAUUGGAAUAUAUCGUACGAUUCACAGAUAAUGCAUUAAUCAUAAGAUUAUUUUAAAAUUUAUCUAAUUUUUCAUUUUAGAUACGGAGCAAAUUAAUAAGAUUAUUGAUGCCCAAAACUAAAGGUAAAUGUAAAUAGUCAACUUUGGUGGCGGGUUACUUGAAAAUUAAUAAUAAUUUAUAAUCUUAAGUAAUAUACUUCAAUAACCUGUGUAUUUUUACAAAAAAAAACUAACAAGUGGUUUUCUAAACCUUUUAGAGUGUUUGUUUUUUAUUUUCAUAAGUCUAACACUAAUAUUUCUUUUCUAUAAAGUCAAUUAAAAUCCAGGAUCCAGUCCCGGUGAACGAUCGUCCAUAUCCUCUUCACCAGUGACAUCAAGCAGCACGAUUAAGCAAGAUUUGUUGUGCACCGACUCAAACCAAUUGCAAGUGCCAGCAACGCCAUCUAGACAACACCGUUCGAAAUCUGUCGAUGUUUCCCUUUCUGCUUUACAAUUCGAUGAUGCAAAAAUAACUAUUGAUAUGAAAAAUAACGAAAUAAUAAUUACACCGACAGGCUCUAAAAGUAUUGUAGACGAAGAAAUUAAGAAAACUGUACAUUUCAACGAAAAAAUAAAGAUAAGCGAUAAAAUAGGUCAAGCAUUUGACAAUUUGCAAGACAGCUUACAAAUGCUAACUGAAUUAGGUAACAACAGUAUUGAAGACAAGAAUAAUGUUAAGACGGAUGAAUUGAAUGCAAAAUUGACCAUCAGAGGUCCUGGUAGUUAUAUUAGAAAAUUGAUACAACAAUUCAGUGAAGGUCCUUUCGAAAGUGAAGAUGCUAAGCCAGAAUCUGAGAGAGCUCUGCCGACACAGUCUCUAAAAGAUAAAGCGGAUGCUAUAUGUAAAAAAUGUUUACACUAUAAAGGUAAAAUUAGUAAGUAAUUUGAAAAUGUGUAAUGUAGCAAUAAUAAAUUAGAGUAUAUCAAAACAUAUAACUAAAGUAUAAUUUAGAUAUUAAUUGAUAUAGUAAAAUUUGCGAAAUGGUAAGUGUAUUGCUUGAUUGUAAAAAAAGCGUAAAAAUAAUCACAUCACUAAUUAUUAAAAUACAUACUUUUAACAUUAUAAAACGUUAUUGUGCCAUAUAAGGUAUCAUAAUUUCCCUCAUAUCGCUGUCUUUGUAAUGUUCUAAAUUUAUUAAAAAUAUGAUUAGGUUUAUAUAUGAGUAAACAUAUAAACAGUUCGCUUAUAUUACGCUCAUCUUAGAUGGAAUAUUAAGGAGGCUCAAAGGCAGUAGAAGUUUUGCUAUCGCGACCGAAUUGUAUUAUUUAUAGCUAAUUAUUGUACCAAAGCCGGAGGAUAUUAAAUGAUUGCAUAAAUAAUUAUCAUCAAAACUUAUCAUAAUAUUCAAGCUUUUUUUUAUUUAUUAUUGGAAUAUCUAAAAUAGAUUCUAUAUAAAAAACUAUUUUUUGUCUAUGGUC